AUGCACUGGAGCAAACAGAUUAUCGCCUUGAAAGCCCAACGCACACUUCAGAUCUUCAACUUGGAAGCAAAAGAGAAGCUGAAGUCGCAUACAAUGAAUGAGGAUGUUGUCUUUUGGAAGUGGAUUAGCGAGAGGAGCUUGGGCCUUGUUACAGAUAAUAGCGUUUACCAUUGGGAUGUUAUGGAUCCUAGCCAAGCGGCUCCUGUCAAAAUCUUCGACCGACACAUGAAUCUUUCGGGCUGCCAAAUUAUUAACUACCGCGUCAAUGCGGAUGAGAAAUGGAUGGUUGUAGUUGGUAUUUCUCAAUCACAGGGGCGUGUUGUGGGUAAUAUGCAGUUGUACUCCAAGGAUAGAGGGAUCAGCCAGGCCAUCGAAGGUCACGCCGCUGCAUUCGCCUCGAUCCGACUUGAGGGGGCUUCCUCCGACACAAAACUAUUCACAUUUGCUGUCCGAACAGGUCAAGGAGCUAAACUCCAUGUAGUUGAGGUAGACCAUGUCGCUGCCAACCCUGUGUUCCAGAAAAAGGCUGUCGACGUCUACUUCCCAGCCGAGGCCGUCAACGAUUUUCCCGUUGCAAUGCAGAUCUCACCAAGAUUUUCUAUCAUAUAUUUGGUUACCAAAUACGGUUUCAUCCAUUUGUACGAUCUUGAGACCGGAGCAUGCAUUUUCAUGAACCGUAUUUCGAGUGAGACUAUUUUCAUCACGGCACCCCAUGAGGCUAGCUCCGGUAUCAUUGGCGUGAACCGAAAGGGUCAAGUUCUGUGCGUGAGUGUCGAUGAGAACCAAAUCAUCCCGUAUCUGCGAGAGAACCCGGCGAACUCAACUCUUGCCGUCAAACUUGCUUCGCGGGCUGGCCUUGCCGGCGCUGAUGAGCUAUAUCAGAAGCAAUUUCAAUUACUCAUGGACCAAAAGAAUUUUGUAGAGGCCGCCAAAGUUGCCGCAAAUUCUCCUCGUGGAUUCCUGCGUACUCCAGCGACCAUCGAACAGUUUAAGUCCGUCCCAGCACCCCCCGGACAGCUCUCAGUCAUUCUCCAAUACUUUGGUAUGUUGUUAGACAAGACGACGUUGAACAAGCACGAAACCAUCGAAUUGGUUAAGCCCGUCCUUGCACAAAACCGGAAACAUCUGCUAGAGAAAUGGUUGAAGGAAAACAAAUUGGAAUGCACAGAAGAACUGGGAGAUGCCGUUAGGGUCCACGAUGUCAACCUCGCCUUGAGUGUCUAUUUGCGGGCCAAUGUUCCUCAGAAAGUUGUUGCAUCCUUUGCCGAGACGGGACAGUUCGACAAGAUCGUGCCAUAUGCACAAAAGGUUGGAUACAGCCCAGACUACACAGCUUUGUUGACUCAUAUCGUCCGAAUCAACCCGGAGAAAGGCGCCGAAUUUGCAACUCAGCUUGCCAGUCAGGAGGGUGGUUCCUUGGUUGACAUUGACCGGGUGGUGGAUGUUUUCUUGUCACAGAAUAUGAUUCAGCAGGCGACGGCUUUCCUAUUAACGGCAUUGGAAGGAAACAAGCCAGAGCAUGCGGCCCAACAGACCCGUUUGUUAGAAAUGAACCUCCUAAAUGCACCCCAAGUUGCAGAUGCUAUUCUGUUGAAUAAUAUGUUCUCGUACUACGAUCGUGAAAAGAUUGCAAAGUUGUGCGAGAACGCGGGCCUAUUCCAGAGAGCUUUGGAACAUUUCGAUGAUCCUGCUGCAGUUAAGCGGGUUCUCUGCAACAAUAGUGCUGGGCUUUCUCCAGAAUUCAUUGUUGAGUAUUUUGGGAGGAUGUCUUUGGAGCAAUCCUUGGACUGCAUGCGAGAGAUGCUGAGGGUUAACAUUCGUCAAAAUCUCCAAGUCGUAAUUCAAAUUGCGACCAAAUAUUCCGACCUUUUGGGUGCCAAUCGCUUGAUUGACCUUUUCGAGAGCUUCAAAACAUUUGAGGGUCUCUACUAUUACCUUGGCAGUAUCGUCAAUUUGAGCGAAGAUCCGGAUGUGCACUUCAAGUACAUCCAAGCGGCCACUGUUUGCGGUCAGAUGAGUGAGGUAGAGCGGAUCUGUCGCGAUAGCAAUUUCUACAAUCCGGAGAAGGUCAAGAAUUUUCUUAAGGAGGCAAAGCUGACUGAACAACUUCCAUUGAUUGUGGUCUGCGAUCGUUUCAAUUUUAUCCACGAGCUGGUAUUAUACCUCUACCAGAACCAGCAGUUCAAGUCUAUUGAGGUCUACGUCCAGAGAGUUAAUCCGGCUAGAACUCCAGCAGUGGUUGGAGGACUCUUGGAUGUUGACUGCGAGGAGUCCAUCAUUAAGAAUCUGUUGAAAUCUGUCCAGAGCUCGGCAAUUCCUAUCGACGAGCUUGUUGCCGAAGUUGAGCGUAGGAACCGUCUAAAACUUUUGUUGCCCUUUUUGGAGGAUACAUUGGCAGCCGGAAAUCAACAACCAGCUGUCUACAAUGCCCUUGCAAAGAUAUACAUCGAUAGUAACAACAACCCGGAGAAAUUCUUGAAAGAGAACAACCAGUACGACAAUUUGGUAGUCGGAAAGUACUGCGAAAAGAGAGACCCAUACUUGGCAUUCAUUGCAUACCAGAAGGGUCAGAAUGAUGUUGAAUUGGUUAGAAUUACCAAUGAGAACUCAAUGUUCAAGCAGCAGGCCCGGUACCUUGUAGCACGCCGUGAUUCCGAACUGUGGGGCUUUGUCUUGAGCCCCAAUAACAUCCACCGCCGUUCUCUAGUGGACCAAGUUGUCGCAACUGCCGUCCCCGAAUCCACUGACCCCGAGGAUGUUUCAGUGGCUGUGCAGUGCUUCUUGAGCAACGACCUCCCGACCGAGUUGAUCGAGCUUCUUGAGAAGAUUAUUCUUGAGCCAUCCACAUUCAGUGAUAACAGCAGCCUACAGAACCUGCUUAUCCUCACGGCAGUUAAAGCGGAUAAGGCCCGCGUAAUGGACUACAUUCACCGUCUCACGAAUUACGACGGCCCCGAUGUAGCUCACAUUGCCAUCCAGAAUGGACUCUACGAGGAGGCAUUUGAGGUCUACAAAAAGAUAAAUGCACACAGUGACGCUAUCAACGUUCUCAUUGAAAACAUAGUUAGCAUUGAACGCGCCUUUGGCUAUGCUGAUCGUGUUGAUUUGCCCGAGGUAUGGAGUCGUCUCGGUAAGGCUCAGUUGGACGGCCUUCGUAUUACCGAUUCUAUCGAAUCUUAUAUCCGAGCUAAGGACCCUGGCAACUAUGCGGAGGUUAUCGAGAUAGCUACUCAUGCUGCAAAGUUCGAGGAUCUCAUCAAAUAUCUUCAAAUGUGCAGACAGACCCUGAGAGAGCCAGCUGUUGAUAGUAGCUUGGUUCUGUGUUAUGCUAGGGUUGAUAAAUUGCCUGAGCUGGAGGAGUUCCUAAAUAGCUCGAACGUUGCCAAUAUCGAGGAGUGUGGUGACAAGGCAUACGAAGAGGGGCUUCACCAGGCCGCCAAAGUCUUCUUCUCGAGCAUUUCCAACUGGGCCAAAUUGGCUACUACUCUCGUAUUCUUGGAAGAGUACCAAAAUGCUGUCGAGUGCGCCCGUAAAGCCAAUAGCACUAAAGUAUGGAAGCAAGUCAACGAGGCCUGUGUUUCCAAGAAGGAGUUCCGUCUUGCACAGAUUUGCGGUCUCAACCUGAUCGUCCAUGCAGAAGAGUUGCAAGAUCUUGUCAAGCAAUACGAACAUAACGGGUAUUUUGACGAGUUGAUCAGCCUCCUCGAGGCUGGAUUGGGUUUGGAGAGGGCCCAUAUGGGUAUGUUUACUGAGUUGGGUAUUGCCCUCUCAAAAUACCAUCCCGAUCGUGUAAUGGAACAUCUUAAGUUGUUCUGGGGCCGUAUCAACAUUCCAAAGAUGAUUCGUGCUUGCGAGCAAGCUCAUCUUUGGCCUGAACUCAUCUUUCUGUAUUGCCACUAUGACGAAUGGGACAAUGCUGCUUUGGCGAUGAUGGAGAGAGCAGCAGAUUCAUGGGAGCACCAGUCAUUCAAGGAUAUUGUUGUCAAGGUUGCCAACCUGGAGAUUUACUACCGUGCCUUGAACUUUUACCUGCAGGAGCAACCUUCCCUGCUUACCGAUUUGCUGACUGUUCUCACACCUCGCAUUGAUGUUUCCCGUGUUGUGCGAAUGUUUGAGAAAUCGGACAAUAUUCCUCUUAUCAAGCCGUUUUUGCUCAAUGUUCAGCCUCAAAAUAACAAGAUCGUCAACAACGCUAUUAACGAUUUGUUGAUUGAAGAGGAAGAUUAUAAGACACUUCGUGAUUCGGUCGAGAACUAUGACAACUAUGACCCGAUUGAACUUGCUCAGCGUCUCGAGCAACACGAACUUGUCUUCUUUAGGCAGAUCGCCGCCAAUAUCUACCGCAAGCAGAAACGUUGGAACCAAUCUAUUGCCCUAUCAAAGCAGGAUAGGCUCUUCAAGGAUGCUAUUGAGACUGCUGCUGUAUCCGGAAAGGAAGAUGUGGCGGAGGAGUUACUUCGUUACUUCGUCGACAUUGGUAGCCGGGAGUGCUAUGUUGGUAUGCUUUACGCCUGUUACGAUCUUAUCCAGCUUGAUGUUGUCAUGGAGAUCUCGUGGCGCCAUGGCUUGAGUGACUACACAAUGCCUUUCAUGAUCAAUGCCAUGAGACAGCAAACCAAGAAGAUUGCUACUCUCGAGAAGGACAAUGAAGAGCGUAAGAUCAAGGAGGCUACCCAGCAAAAGGUCGAAGACACUACUCCGAUUCUCGGAAAUCGUCUUAUGCUCACCGCCGGACCGGGUGGCCCUAUGCCACAACAAUCAUACGCUAACGGGAUUGCACCGCAAGCUACUGGGUUUGGAGGGUUUUAGACAUGAGUGGAUAGAAGCCUUUGAUAACUCAUAAUUAUUUCCUUUAUCUGUUUUUUUUCUUCUUUUUCUCUUCUCGUGUCAUUCCUGGGCGGAGCAACUUUCGGAUAAAAAAAUACCUGGGAAAUCUCCUGGCAUGAUUUUCUAGUGAUGAUGAACGGUCGAAGAAUGGGGCGGAUUGGUUAAAAGGGGGAAAAAGUAAAGGGAUUGAGUUUAAGUUCCUUUUUGGUUUUUUCUCUGGGGGGGAGAGGGCUUUUUUAUGCCUUGCUUUAUUUUUUCAACUUUCUUGACGUUAUCCUGAUGGGUCCGUCUGUAUCAUUAAUUAUUUGCGAUAUCACUCCUACGCCUAGUCUCUUUUG